UUAUGAAAAAAGGACGAAAGAUAUAUGAUUAGAUAUACAGAUUUCCACUCAUUUCAUUGUUACCUUACAAUUAACUAUUGUGUUGAGCUAUUAGUAUCAUAUGUUGUCAAUAUUACACCUUAUUUUCCUUUAUGACGUCACGACUGAAAGAUGAUGAUUUCUACAUAUUUUAUUUUUAUCUUACAUUUAAAUGUUGUGUUAAAUUGUGAGCAUACUAGUAUCAACUUAACGUAUAACAGACUUUGUGAAUGGAAAAUGCACGGGAAACAGGUUGACGUGCUUUGCAACAUCAAAGAGGAUAUGGAAUGGUCAUUUAACGAUUUCAGAAAAUGGAGGUCCUGUUUUCCUUCGAUUUCACAACUUUAUUUGACUGUGAGUUGUGCUGCAGGUGCAUCCAUUGCUCUUCAACGUCCACUUGAAAUUCCAGGAAUGCAUUCUAUUAAUAUUGAUAGCUGUUACAUUAAGAACUUCUAUGAAAUAAGUUCAAGAAAGGUCAAGAAAAGCAAAAAUAACUUGAAAAGUAUGAAAAUGAGAAAUAGUGUUUUCGAGUUUAAAGACUCUGAUAUGUGGAAAAAUGCAAUGAAAAAUAGUUAUAGUUUAAUUCAUACAUGUGAGCUCUCAGUCGUCUUAAAGGAAUUUAUCCUGCGUAAUAUCUCAACAAAAUAUAUUAUGGACAUGCAUGAUCUAUCUUCUCUUCAAAUGGAAGAAUUGAAAGAAAGAAUAAAAAACGUAAGUUUGCAGAAAAGGGAAUGCGCUUAUGAACAACUGAAAUAUUUUGAAAUUUCUGAAAGUGCAAAUUCUUUUACAUAUACUCACAUUCAUGAUAUAUUUUCAAAAUCUGUAUUUUCUCAACUAAAAACACUUAAUUUAAGUAGCAAUGGUCUGAAAUCGUUCCCAACUGUGCUACGUCUAGAGACAUGGUCUACAAAAUUCGGAACCUUGAGACAACUUGAUUUUUCGAAUAACUAUAUUACUCAACUUGAUUUUCUCUCAACAGAGAGGUAUUUGCAAAAUCUUGAUUUUGAGUUGAAUUUAUCUAAUAACAAGAUUGGAUUAUUAACAGAGGCUGAUUUGCAAUCGUUAAAAUAUUUGUAUUACAAAAAUGUAAUUGUGAAUUUACGUAAUAACUCAGGAAUGAAAUGUUUAUGCAAAACGUUUAACGCCGAACAAGUUUUUCGUACAACAUGGGGACAAAAUUAUUCCUACCUCAAGAGCGCGUGUGUUCAUAACUGUAACAUAGAUUCAGAUACGGAAAAUACUAGUGCAAGUCAUCAAUUUAUUGCAUAUUCAGUUUUAGUUUUCUUUUUCUCUUUUGGAACAUUAGUUUCUACGUCUCUAUUAUGUUUACGUAGAAUUUUCCGUAAAAAUAAGAAAAAAGACUCGUAUGAGGUGCAGUCUUUUAUUUCUGCCGAAUCGAUAUAUGACGCUUUUAUAUCUUACAGUUCCAUGGAUGAGCAUUGGAUCUAUGAUACCUUAGUUCUCAACCUAGAAUCAAAUAUACCCGGCAUCAGGUUAUGUCUUCAUCAACGAGAUUUUGUACCGGGAGCUACUAUUGCUGAAAACAUCAUAAGAAGUAUUGACGACAGCACACACACGCUGAUAAUUUUGACUGAAAACUUUACCAAAAGUGAAUGGUGUCAAAUGGAGUUCCAGAAAGCUUUCCACCAAACUUUAAAACAUAAAAAACAUCUCAUCGUCAUACUUCUUGGAGAUUUAGAUACUUCAACAUUAAACCGAGACAUUAAGUUUUGUAUAAAAACAUACACUUUCUUGAAGGUUUCAGAAAUAUUGUUUUGGACAAAAUUAUACAAUGCGUUGUCAAAGUAAAUGAUUUCAAUUUAAUAUUACAUUUAAUGAUACCAUUUCAACCGUAAGAUUAACAUUUUGUAACUAUCUAUACAUUUUCUUUCGUAAAAAAUCAGAAAUA